ACCCAGUGCAUCCAGCGCAGUCUUAACCAAACCUCUCAACAUCAUGCAAUUCAAAGUUCUCUCUACCCUCGCUCUCCUCGCCGCCACCGCCGCCGCUGGCCCCUUGGAAGCCCGCCAAGGCCAAUGCAACACUGGUCCCGUUCAGUGCUGCAACAGCAUCUCGACGGCCAAGGACCCCGCCACCUCUUUGCUGCUCGGUCUCUUGGGCAUCGUCGUCCAGGACCUCAACAUCCCCAUCGGCCUUACCUGCAGCCCUAUCUCUGUCAUCGGCCUCCCCGGCAAUUCUUGCUCGACUCAACCUGUUUGCUGCGAGGAUAACAGCUUCAACGGUGUCGUUGCUAUUGGGUGCACCCCGAUCAACAUCAACGUUUAAGAAUGUGGGGGAUGUUUGAGUACACGGAGUGGAGCAGCUGUACAAUAUUUCUGAGUUUGAAUGGGUCUGUUGAUUUGGUGAACAUGUCAAGUGGCGUUGCAUUACUAGGGUUCUGUAGUUGUGUAGCUUAUAUGUUCCGUGAAUCGAAGACCUACCCCUCGUUGUU